AACCCGGAAGUGCGGACAGUGUCUAGAAUCCGGAGCAUCCAAACCAAGUGUUUUGUAAAGAAAAGCACGUGUGGAAGAUUAGAUAAGAAUAAGAGUAUGUCAUCCUCAACAGCAGCACCACCCCUGCAUGAAGCCCUGACACCGCUGGCUUGGCUGGUGGGAACCUGGCGAGGGGAGGAGGGGACAGGAGACUACCCAACCAUCAAGGACUUCAAGUACAAGGAGGAGGUCAAGUUCGACCACGUGGGGCAACCAAACCUGGAAUUCUCGUUCAACUCCUCCCACUAUGAGACUGGGAAGCCGCUCCACAGAGAAAAAGGAUUCCUAAAAAUCCAACCUGGCACCAGCCACCUGGCCAUGGUCAACACACAGAAUGUUGGUAUAGUCGAACUGUCUGAGGGGGAGGUCAAAGGUCAGGAGAUCACCCUGGAAUCUCACACCAUAGGGAGGAUGACCUUCGGCAAGGACCCAGCUGUCACCAAGAUCCAGAGAACAUUUCGGCUGGUGGAUCCGGACACGCUAGAACAGGUGGUUCACAUGGAGACCAGUGCAACCACCCCUGCACAGCACCACCUGUCCAUUCAAUACAAGAAGGUGGCAUGAUCUGCAGCACUGCCUGCAGUUUGGAAGUAUUCUGCAAGGUGGCGCUUCUUGGACUGUCACAGCUGAUGGAUGUUGCAUGUCAGUAGCAGUAGGUAGAAGAUAAGUUGGAAGUAGCAGUAGUAGUAGUAGUAGACUGGUUUACUUUUAUCAACAGCCAA